AUGUGGCCUAUAUUCAGUGCACUUGUCUUGAUAUCUUCGGUACCGGCAGUUUACUGUCAGUUCUUCGAGUGCCACGACGACCCCAGCUUCGAUCCCCAGGAGGGCGCCCUGUCAGAACUGCAGUUCACAUGGCUAGGAGCGCUACAGUACAUACAUGUAAAGAACGGCACCCCCCACUACUUCCGAGUGCCGCGGGUGGUGCUGAUCACGCGGCAGUUCGUUCUGUCCACCGCGGUUGAUGCGGCACAAAUACCGGACGGAUAUGCCCUAGGAAAUGUAGCCUUCGGUGAUUACGAGCGUGACGAGGUGGAGUGCCGGUUGACUGUCGAGGAGCUGUCGAGAGGAGCCGAGUGCGACCCUGCCAUCCUGCUGAUGCCUAUAGCUGACGUGUUGCUGCACCCAGAGUAUAAGCACUUCGGAGCCAAGAACAGCCUGGCUAUAUUGAAACUGAUCACGCCAAUCAAAUCGAAGUACAUGUUGCCAGCUUGCCUGCCUUUCAAGAAUCACCUGAUGCUUCGGAACGGGCGGCAGACCAAGGACCGAUUGUACCACGUCGACUUCGCUAGUGAUGUACCGAGAGACUUUAUAGAGGAAGAGAAGGAAGUCACUCGAAUCAGACUCCUACCAAGGGAACUAUGUUACUUGUACGAUAACCCUGAGAAUGCAACAGGCAAAGUUCCACGUCGCAUGGCUUGCACGACGGGGUGCGGGUUCCACUCCGGGGCACCCAGUUUGGUGCACGAGCACACCGGCCACUGGUCCAUAGUGGCUUUGUCACAAGGAGGGUUCCCGUGCCCUGAUCCGUUGAGGGCCAGGCGCCCCCCCGCCCCGCCGCGCCACAUCCUCAUCCACCCCUACGUGCCGUGGAUCACCGCCGCCAUCACGGGAAAAGCUGUGGGAGCAUUCGCAAAGGACGAUCCUUUUGGAUUCAUAAUGCCCCGCGCCUCCAUCUACGACCAGUUGGGGCACGGCUGGCUGGGCCACUGGUGGAUGGGCGGGCUGCGCUGCUACGACCGCGGCGAGGCGGCCGACGACAUAUUCAAGUUCUACCACGAGAUAUUCUCUUUGAAGCCAACUACCUUCACUUAUAUGAGCUACUAUCUGGAGAUAGAUGCUGCCCACGGGACUAUAGUGAUUUGCGUGAAAGUCGGCAUGCCUUAUCAACUCGGCAAGCCCAGGGUGUGGGAGCUGGACACACCAGUUGUGAAGGUUCGCAUCCCGCUGAUCACAUUCAGCCACCAGUAUCAGCUGCAGGUGGAGGCGUGGGCGUACAAUGCGACCUCGUCCUCUACCAGCGAGGAGCCCAGCAGCACCUCCGAGGAGGAGCCCGAGGACGACUAUUAAACCAUUCUUGACUG